AUGUCACAAACCCCAGAAAUCAUAAAGGAAAAGGCUAAUGCAUUCGACUACACCAAGGCUGCGCUCGGUAAAAUUCAGUGGAAUGGAUUAAGGCUUUACGACACAUUGCUCAGUAGGUUCGGAGGACAGAGAGAAAUAAAACAUAGCCUCAAGACAGGCAGUUUAGUCUGGUUUGAAUGUCAACUGACAGUUCAAGUUCUCACUGCCUGCUGUGUCCUACAGGAGUCAGAGGAGGAGAACGCACUUGGGCUAAGGAGUUUUAACGUUUUCCCCCGGAGGCAAGAGGGAGCUACCAGGGGUGGGGAGUGUCGCGGAGGAAAGGCUGCUGUAACCAGGAGGACCAACCACAGCUGGGCUGCCGGUCACACCUGCGCUGGGCCGCUGGCCCGCUGGUGCACAGUCUGCUCGGCGGCGGGCGACCGAAGCCAGAUCCCGCCCUGGGCGAGGGAGGGCGGCCUCACCGAAGUGCGAGGGUCCCGGGAGGGCCUGGGAGGCACAGGCCAGGGAGCAGCGCAGUCCCUGGGCCCAGCGGCCCAGCUGGGGGUUCGUGCCGCACAUCCCACCUACCCCUGUUGCCGCAUCUUUGCCGACAGCGCUGGGGCCCGCUGGUUGUGGCUCUCGACAGCUGACGUCGAGCACCUCUUCUCGACUCCAUGUUCGGCGACAUCACGUUGGUGGCUUGAAUUUGGCCGUGAUGGAAGGAUUAUGCCACAAAUCAGGGGAACGAUAGCAUCCUGACAAAGCAAAGCAGCCGUGAUAUCCGGGAGCUGCCUGGCCCAGCCAGGGCCUGGUGUGGCUCCCGCUGAACACGGACAGGGCCAUCCGCCACCGUGAUGGACCGAGACAAACACAAGAGAACUCCGGAAUCACGUCUGAAAACAGACAAAACGUGAAUAGCAUCCAGGCCACAAAAACGACCAAACAUCCCCCGGGCAGCUAAUCCGAGUAAAGACUACUUCUCUACCGGUGACCAAGUUCUCUCCUCUUUCUAGCUGGCCUUCCUCCGAGGUAAGAUGUAAGAUCCCCAAUCACAGAGUCACCUCCACUUCCUGACAGCCUCUAAUCCAGAUCAAAGUCCUGCUUCCCGAAACCCUCCACCAAUCGCCCAACACAAACCCAAACAUUAUAGCGAGUCCUUUCCAGCACCCUGCUACCAAGACACCCCGUGGUUCCCCUGGUGUAUGUUCCUCGCUGUGACGAGUAACAGACCUGGCUUGUUCACUCCCAGGUAUGUUUCGAGUGAUCUCUGGCUGGAGGCGCCGACGGUCCCCACCUGGUCGGGCACGUGGGAUGAUACACUCCCAGGACUCUUCAAAU